UUUUACUGUCGGAGCAAAACCUUGUAUCUCCAAAAUGGUAACUUUACACAAGAAGGAAAAAAACAUCCUUUCAACUUUCAAUGGAGUUUAAUGGGACAAGAUUUUAUUGUCAUGUCAUGCGUCCAGCCCUGCUGACUGUGCUGUGUGUGUUGCGGUGGUUCUGCCUGGCCACUGGGGGGCAGCGCUGGACUAACACACAUGUUUUCUACGCGGUGGAGCUGGAGGGAGGCAGCAGGGCUGCAGGAGCUUUGGCCCAAAAACAUGGCCUGCGCUUCAUCUCACGGAUUGGGAAUCUGGAGGGGCAUUACACUCUCAGAGGCAGCGCCAGCAGCCCAACACUGGAACAUACACUUGCUCUCCAUGCUGGGGUGAAGUGGGUCCAGAGGCAGAAUAUACACUUCAGAGAGAAAAGAGCAGCUCUACGAGGCCUAAAGAACAACACACUCCUCAAGUUUGCUGAGCUUCCUGGGCAGAAGCAGAGGAGGCAGGGUUUUGGAGAGACUCCUCCUGAUUCCUUAUAUUUCAACGACCCUCUGUGGCCCAUGCAGUGGGAACUGUUUAACCGUGGUGAGGUGAGUCUCUUCGACCUUAACGUGAUGCCAGUUUGGCUCAGGAACAUCACUGGCAGAGGGGUGGUGGUCAGCAUUAUAGACGAUGGUGUGGAUCAUUCAAACCUGGACUUAAGGAAGAAUUUUGAGGCAUUUGCGAGUUUUGACCUGCGUGGUGCUCAUGGCCUUUCACACGAUCCAAUGCCACAGAGAGACGAGGAGAAUGGCCAUGGUACAAAGUGUGCAGGUGAAAUUGCUAUGGAAGCUAAUAACUCCUUCUGCGGAGUGGGCAUUGCUUUCAACGCACGCAUAGGAGGUAUUCGUCUGCUGGAUGGAUCAGUGACGGACUCCAUGGAGGCCACGGCUCUCACUUAUAACAAUGACUUCAUCCACAUCUACAUCUGCUGCUGGGGGCCGCGGGACAAUGGGGCCGAAAUGGCAGGGCCAGGCACUCUGACGGAGAAAGCACUACACCUUGGAACACGCAAGGGUCGAGGUGGUAAGGGCAGCAUCUUUGUGUGGGCUGCUGGUAAUGGAGGGAUGAUGAAUGAUCACUGUGGAGCAGACGGCUAUGUUAACAGCAUCUAUACCAUCGCCAUUGGAGCUGUUACUCACACUGGAAGCCCUGCCUCCUUUGGGGAGCCCUGCCCAGGUGUCAUGGCCGUCACACUUACGGGCACUAACACCAUCAACUCCCCACCACUGGUGACAGUAUCUAACCUUGGUGAUGGCUGUAUCACACACUUUGCCGGGACAUCCAGUUCAGCGCCAAUUGCAGCAGGAGUGCUGGCUUUGGUUCUGGAAGCAAACCCAGAUUUAACGUGGAGAGACGUGCAGCACCUAAUCGCAAAGACAGCAAAGAUACCAGACCCCAACGAACCAGGAUGGACCAUCAAUGGGGCAGGAUACCAUGUCCAUGACAGGUAUGGAUUUGGUCUUCUGGAUGCUGCUCUGAUGGUGCAGAAGGCUGUGCAGUUUCAGUCAGUAGAGGAUCAGAGGAAGUGUGAGGAGAGUGUGGCCCUUCAACCUGUACGUGUCCUUCCGUCUGGAGGAAAGGUCAGCGUGGCUAUUCGGUCGGAGGCCUGCAAGGGGCAGCACAAUGAGAUAAACAUAUUGGAACAUGUGCAGGUGACAGUGGACAUCAGCAGUGUGUGUCGUGGUGAUUUGAGUGUGGAGCUGGUGUCUCCAGUCCAAACGCGUUCGGUACUGCUGGACACGCGGAGAAAUGACAGGUCGGAAGCCGGACUCAAGAGGUGGACACUGAUGACCGUACAGAACUGGGGGGAACAUCCACAAGGAACAUGGAGACUGACCGUAAAGGAUAAUAAAGGGAUGGUUCCUGGCUGUAGACGAAGUAACACUGAGGAAGCAGCGGGAGCUGUGCUGAACAUUACACUCACACUCUAUGGCACCUACAACCCCAACAAAACUAACCACGAUGUUCCUCUGAGUGGUUUUAUCUCUCUGGGUGAGCGCCACGCUAUUCCUUCUGAACGAGUGAAUGUGCGGAAUCGUUUCCUGCCACAAGAUCUCAUCCACCGGGCCUUCAGGCUGGAGCAGGGCAACAAGAUCUUACCUGAGGACAUACAGCAUGGACUGAAACGCAGCAGGAAACUAGAGGUGCAGAAUAUACCGGCUUCCAAGUUCAGCUUAAAGGACAUGGAUGACACUGAUGGAAAGGGUCUCAAAUCUCACCUGCUGAAGCUGUGGAACACCCUGAGAAAUACCGUGCAGGAGGACCGGGUUCAAUACAGCACCCUACCACAGGCCAACACACAACAGGCACAGAGAGCAGACAGGACGCUGCCUAGAUCCCUGCAGUCUGGUGAUCAGGCUGUUGUUUUGGCUGCUCGGAGUGGCACCCGUGUUCAACGCCAUGUCUCCGUACGCAUCCACAAGUUAAAAAACCUCAGGUCAUUUCGCAAGAGCAGGACGAAGAAACAGUUAUGGAAGACGAAAAGAGAAAUGGGGUGA